AUGAAGUCCCUCGCGCUGCUGGUCACCUCACUGGCCGCUUCUGUUGUCGCCCGUUCAGUUGACGCUCAAUCUCAGCAAGCACUUACUCCUCAAGAUGGCCGGCCAUCGAGUCAGGACAGAUACUUGAUCGAACUGAGCCCAGGAGAGACAAGAUGGGUUGUGGAAGAGGAGAAAUGGGAGCUUAUGAGGAAUGGGGUCAAGUUUAUGGACAUCACCGAAACUGGAGACACAUAUCCGGAAGCUGUCGAAUCGAAAACAGCUGCAAAUGCGAUCGUUUAUCCCUCAAAACCUGCGUACAAGCACGAGGUCAAGGCUUUGAUGGAGACCUUAGACAAAGACAACAUGCGCAAGCACCUUGAAGGUCUUACGGCCUUUCACACGCGCUACUACAGGAGCCAGUACGGCAUUGAUGCAGCUAUGUGGUUGCAUGACCAAAUAGAAGAAGUCAUUGACGCAUCUGGCGCAUUCAAUUACAGCGCUUCUCUGAACCUGUUCCCGCACACAUGGGGACAGCCGAGUAUUAUUGCUCGGUUCCCAGGACGAACAAACCACACAAUUGUGAUCGGUGCACAUCUGGACAGCGUCAAUAUGUUCUUCCCCUACCUCCGUGCUCCUGGUGCCGAUGAUGAUGGCAGCGGGACGGUGACCAUCCUCGAAGCCCUAACAGCUCUGCUGAAGUCGGAGAAGAUUGUGAACGGGUCAAGUGAGAACACGAUCGAGUUUCACUGGUAUUCGGCAGAGGAAGGAGGUCUUCUUGGAAGCCAAGCGAUUUUCAAGUCUUAUAACGAAGAAGCAAAGGACGUCAAGGCCAUGAUCCAGCAAGACAUGACCGGCUACAUCGCGCAAACCCUCGCAAACGGCAAACCUGAAUCGGUCGGAGUGAUUACAGACUUUGUGGACCCGGCUCUGACAACAUUCGUCGAGAGUAUUAUCACCGCCUAUUGUGACAUCCCUUACACACUGACCAGAUGCGGAUAUGCCUGCUCCGACCAUGCAUCGGCGAGCAAAUAUGGCUACCCCUCAGCAUUUGUGAUUGAGUCAGAUUUCGAAUACUCGGACAAGAAAAUCCACACCACAGACGAUGUUAUCAAGUAUCUGAGCUUUGAUCACAUGCUUCAACAUGCUAAGAUGACUCUGGGAUUUGCAUAUGAAGCAGCCAUGGCCAAGUUCUGA